AUGAAGGUUCCGCCAACCCUUGAGGAAGAAGUCGCACAGGCCUUCUCCAACAUCAAUGCGGUUAUUCUUUACACCCUCGAAAAAUCCAAACAUCCUUCUCAUUCAGAGGAAAAGACUGGUUGGGACCGCGUUAUCAAACUUCGAACAUAUCACGUUAAUCUGCCGGAUACUCGCGACAAGAUCAUAGAGUUGAUGGUGCAGCAUGUGAAGAAAUGGUGUCCGAACCACGCACCUACCUGGACGAUGCUAGGUGUACACUCCUUGCCUUUUCCAGAACAAAAUUUGGAAAUUGAAGUUGAUGUUUAUCUGGGAUAAGAUCUGAGCGGGUAUGUUGAUAUAUGCAUUGUGGCGAGAUACUAUGUUCAUGUUACUCGUGCCAUUAUCACGUACUGAACUUGAGUUGCGAUAAUCAGUAUGCGGCAGUGAUAA